GGGCCUCAUGUCAAGGAAAUGAAUGGAGUUCUAAAGAACAUGUUGUCAGAGUGGUUCUCCACGGGAUUCCUUAACUUGGAACGGGUCACUUGGCAAUCACCUUGUGAAGUACUCCAGAAAAUUAGUGAUUCUGAGGCUGUACAUCCUGUUAGAAAUUGGGUUGAUAUGAAGCGUCGAGUUGGCUCCUACAGAAGAUGCUACUUUUUUUCUCACUGUGCAAUCCCAGGAGAACCAUUGAUAGUCCUUCAUGUGGCACUGACCAGUGACAUCUCCAGCAACAUCCAGGCCAUAGUGAAAGAAGUGCCUCCUUUAGAGCCAGAAGAUACAGACAAAAUCACAACAGCAAUUUUCUACUCGAUCAGUUUGACUCAGCAGGGACUGCAGGGUGUGGAACUUGGGACCUACCUCAUCAAGAGGGUUGUCAAAGAGCUGCAGAAUGAACUUCCUCAGAUAAAAGCUUUUUCUACUCUUUCACCUAUCCCAGGAUUCACAAAAUGGCUUGUGGGUCUCCUCUCCUCCCAAACAAAAGAACAGGGAAGAAAUGAACUUUUUACAGAAUCUGAAUGGCAAGAAAUCUCUGAGAUCACAGGAGACUCUACCACGGAAACGCUAAAGAAACUCCUCAACAACAAUGAGUGGGUGAGAUCAGAAAAAUUAAUUCAGGUGCUGCAGUCACCACUGAUGAGACUUUGUGCCUGGUACUUGUAUGGGGAGAAGCACCGUGGCUAUGCUCUUAAUCCAGUGGCAAAUUUCCAUCUUCAGAAUGGCUCUGUGAUGUGGAGGAUAAACUGGAUGGCAGACACAAGCCCUCGGGGCAUUGGAGCUUCUUGUGGCUUGAUGGUGAACUAUCGCUAUUUCCUGGAGGAUACAGCCAGCAACAGUGCAGCUUACCUGGGCACUAAGCACAUUAAAGCCUCAGAGCAGGUGCUUUCCUUGGUGUCUCAGUUCCAGCAAAACAGCAAGCUUUGA